CAAAUUGUCGGUGUUUGUGUUCUCCGCAAUAAAAAUGGCGGAUGCAGCUGCCCGUUCGUUGCAAUUUGAAUAUAAAGCAAAUUCUAAUUUAGUUUUACAAGCUGACACUCGACUUAUAGAACGUCGUCCCAGAGAUGAAGCUACCGGUGAAGUUGUAUCUCUUGUGGGAAAGUUGGAGGGCUCCCGUAUGGGUGAUCGAUAUCAAAGAACGAAGCCGGCCAAAGCAGAGGAGAAAAAAGCUAAGCGCAUGAAACGCGAUGAAUCUAGGUAUGAUUUUUCUAAACUUAAAGGUCAAACUUUACUAUCUGAAGGCAUAGAAGAUAUGGUGGGUAUUUUGUACAGACCUAAAACAGCAGAAACUAAGCAAACAUACGAAGUUUUAUUAAGUUUCAUUCAAGAAGCUUUGGGUGAUCAGCCUAGGGACAUUCUCUGCGGUGCUGCGGAUGAAGUUCUUGCUGUUCUGAAAAAUGAAAAAAUUCGAGACGAUAAAGAUAGACGACGGGAAACAGAAGCUCUUCUCGGCCAAUUAGCUCAAGAGAGGUAUGCUGUUUUGGUUAAUCUUUGCAAGAAAAUUACCGAUUACGGUGUAGAUGAUAAGGUUCAGACUACUGAAGAAAACAUUGAUGAAACAUAUGGUGUAAAUGUUCAGUUUGAAGAGUCUGAUGAAGAAGAGGAAGAUAUGUGUGGAGAAGUAAGAGAAGAGGAUUCUAAUGAUGAAAAUGAAGGGGAUGAAGCCAUUGUUGAUAGUACACUUCAUGCAACAAACUUAGGUUCAAGCCAGGAUACCAUGGGUAAAAGUGGUAAAGGUUUACAUCCUCGUGACAUUGAUGCUUACUGGUUGCAAAGAAAACUGAGCAAAUUUUAUGAUGAUCCUGUUGUUGCACAAACAAAAGCUGGAGAAGUUUUGGACAUAUUGAAAACAGCUGAUGAUGACAGAGAGGUUGAAAAUCGGUUAGUAUUUCUCUUAGGUUAUAAUCAGUUUGAGUUCAUUAAGAUUUUACGGCAGCAUCGUCAAACAAUAUUGUAUUGCACAUUACUUGCUUCAUUACAAAGUGGAGCAGAAAAAACUAAGCUGAAAGAAAAAAUGCAAAGUGAUCCUGAAUUAGAAAAAAUUUUGAGACAGCUUGAAAAUACAGAAAAAGAAGAUAUAAUUCAAGAAGAAAGGGAACGAAGAGCUCAGGUUCGUCAGGCUAGAGUUGAUGCUGAUUUAGAAGCCAUGGACAUUGAUGGAGAAAGUGUGCCUCAACUUCAGCAAUGUCGUGUUUUGGAUUUAGAAGAUUUGACAUUUACACAGGGUAGUCAUUUUAUGGCCAAUAAACGUUGUCAGUUACCUGAUGGGUCAUUUCGUAAGCAGAGACGUGGAUAUGAAGAAAUUCACGUUCCAGCUUUGAAACCCAAACCAUUUGAAUCCAGUGAAUCCUUAAUGCCUAUAGAGAAAUUACCCAAAUAUGUUCAACAUGCAUUUGAAGGUUACAAAAGCUUGAACCGUAUACAAAGCAGAUUAUGCAAAACUGCUCUAGAAACAGAUGAAAAUUUACUUCUCUGUGCUCCUACAGGAGCAGGUAAGACAAAUGUUGCAUUAUUAUGUAUGAUGCGAGAAAUAGGAAAACAUAUAAAUUCUGAUGGGACAAUUAAUGCUGAUGAAUUUAAAAUCAUAUACAUUGCACCAAUGCGUUCUUUGGUGCAAGAAAUGGUGGGGAAUUUUAGCAAACGUCUUAAAUCGUACAACAUUCAGGUGUCUGAGCUUACAGGUGAUCAUCAGUUAACCAGAGAACAAAUAAAUGCAACUCAGGUUAUUGUAUGUACUCCUGAAAAAUGGGAUAUAGUGACAAGAAAAGGUGGUGAAAGGACAUAUACACAGUUAGUCAGGCUUAUGAUUUUUGAUGAAAUUCAUCUUUUGCAUGAUGAAAGAGGUCCAGUUCUUGAAGCUUUAGUUGCUAGAACUAUCCGUAACAUUGAAAUGACACAAGAAGAAGUGAGAUUAGUAGGAUUGAGUGCUACAUUGCCUAAUUAUGAAGAUGUAGCAAGUUUUUUGCGUGUAACACCAGCUACUGGUUUGUUUUAUUUUGAUAAUAGUUUCAGACCUGUUCCAUUAGAACAGCAAUAUAUUGGCAUAACUGAGAAAAAGCCUAUCAAGCGUUUUAUGUUAAUGAAAGAAAUCCUGUACGAAAAAGUCAUGGAACAUGCAGGAAAAAAUCAAGUUUUAAUAUUUGUUCAUUCACGAAAAGAAACUGGCAAAACUGCUCGAGAAAUACGAGAUAUGUGUUUGGAAAAAGAUACAUUGGGGCAGUUUCUUCGAGGUGGUUCGGCUUCUACUGCUGUUUUAGAGACAGAAGCUGAUCAUGUAAAGAAUCACGAGUUAAAAAAUUUAUUACCAUAUGGUUUUGCAAUUCAUCAUGCUGGUAUGAGCCGUGUAGAUCGUACAUUAGUUGAAGAUUUAUUUGCAGAUCGUCACAUUCAAGUUCUUGUUUCUACUGCUACACUAGCUUGGGGUGUGAAUCUUCCAGCUCAUACUGUUAUAAUUAAAGGUACUCAAAUAUAUAGUCCAGAAAAAGGUCGUUGGGUUGAGUUAGGAGCAUUAGAUGUGCUUCAAAUGUUAGGUAGAGCUGGUAGACCACAGUAUGAUACUAAAGGUGAAGGAAUAUUGAUUACCAAUCACAGUGAAUUGCAGUAUUAUCUGUCACUUUUUAAUCAGCAGUUGCCAAUUGAAAGCCAGUUGAUUAGUAAACUGCCAGAUAUGCUAAAUGCUGAAAUUGUUCUGGGCAAUAUCCAAAGUAUGAAAGAAGCUGUUACUUGGCUAGGUUAUACCUAUUUAUAUAUCCGUAUGCUGCGUAGUCCAUCGCUUUAUGGAGUGCAAGUUAAUUCUGAAGAUCCACUUUUGGAAAAGCAUCGAGCAGAUUUGAUUUACACAGCUGCUACCUUAUUAGAUAAAAGUAAUUUACUAAAAUUUGACAAAAAAGCGGGUAUUUUUCAAGUCACAGAAGUAGGCAGAAUUGCAAGUCAUUAUUACUGUACAUAUGAAACAAUGACUACUUAUACUCAGCUCUUAAAGCAAACUUUGAGCGAGAUUGAACUUUUCAGAGUGUUUUCAUUAUCAAGUGAAUUUAAAUAUUUAAAUAUCCGUGAAGAAGAAAAACUGGAGUUGCAGAAAUUAGUGGAAAGAGUUCCUAUACCAAUCAAAGAAAGUAUUGAAGAAUCGAGUGCUAAGGUCAAUGUGUUACUUCAAGCAUAUAUAUCUCAAUUGAAAUUGGAAGGGCUUGCUCUUAUGGCAGAUAUGGUGUACAUAACACAGAGUGCUGAUAGAUUGAUGCGAGCAAUAUUUGAGAUUGUUUUGCAUAGAGGUUGGGCACAGUUAACUGAUAAAGCUCUUAGUUUAUGUAAGAUGAUAAAAAGGAGGAUGUGGCAAUCUAUGACACCAUUGAGGCAGUUUAAGAAAAUACCAGAUGAAGUUGUAAAGAAAAUUGAGAAAAAGAAUUUCCCAUGGGAACGAUUGUAUGAUCUUGGGCCUAAUGAAAUUGGAGAACUUUUAAGAAUGCCUAAACUAGGUAAAACUGUUCAUAAAUAUGUACAUCAGUUUCCUAAAUUGGAUCUUUCUGCUCAUAUUCAACCUGUAACUAGAGCAACGUUGCGAGUGGAGCUAACAAUAACUCCAGAUUUUCAGUGGGAUGAAAAAGUGCAUGGUAGUUCUGAAGCCUUUUGGAUUUUAGUUGAGGAUGUUGACAGUGAAGUGAUUCUCCAUCACGAAUAUUUUCUACUGAAAAGUAAAUUUUGUCAAGAUGAGCACAUUGUGAAGUUUUUUGUACCGGUUUUUGAACCUUUGCCUCCACAAUAUUUCAUACGAAUAGUUUCUGAUCAGUGGAUAGGAUCUGAAACUCAACUACCAGUUUCAUUUCGCCAUCUUAUUUUACCUGAAAAAUAUCCACCUCCUACUGAACUUCUAGAUUUACAACCACUUCCCGUAUCAGCACUCAGGAAUCCAUUCUUUGAAUCAUUAUACAAGGACAAGUUUCCUUACUUCAAUCCUAUCCAGACACAAGUUUUCAAUUCAGUUUAUAACAGCGAUGACAAUGUAUUUGUUGGAGCACCUACUGGAAGUGGAAAGACAAUUUGUGCAGAGUUUGCAAUUUUGCGUUUAUUAUCUCAGAAUCCAGAUGGAAGAUGCGUAUAUGUCACUCCGAAAGAACCACUUGCUGAAAUAAUUUAUGCUGAUUGGACUUCAAAAUUUUCUACUGUGAUGAACAAAAAGGUUGUACUAUUAACUGGGGAAACUAGCACAGAUCUAAAAUUGUUGGCUAAAGGGAAUAUUAUUAUCAGUACUCCAGAAAAAUGGGAUGUUCUAUCUCGUAGAUGGAAGCAGAGAAAAAAUGUACAAAAUAUAAAUUUAUUCAUUGUUGAUGAAUUGCAGUUGAUUGGUGGUGAAGAUGGUCCCAUUUUAGAAGUUAUAUGCUCCCGGAUGCGAUACAUAUCAUCUCACCUUGAUAAACCAGUUAGAAUUGUGGCUUUGAGUUCAUCACUUGCAAAUGCUAAAGAUGUUGCUCAAUGGCUUGGUGCUAGCCCGAAUUCCACUUUUAAUUUUCCUCCAAAUGUAAGACCUGUUCAACUGGAGCUUCACAUUCAAGGUUUCAAUAUAACUCAUAAUGCAUCUCGCCUUCUUGCCAUGAGCAAGCCUGUUUAUCAAGCAGUAACAAGAUUAUCGCCAAGAAAACCUGUAAUUGUUUUUGUUCCAUCAAGGAAACAAUCUCGUCUCACUGCAAUAGAUAUUUUAACAUACUGUGCAUCAGAAGCUCAACCUGCUCGUUUCCUUCAUUGCACCGAUAGUGAUAUACAACCUUUUGUUGACAAAAUAGUGGAUAAAACCCUGAAAGAAACUAUUAGUAAUGGAGUAGCAUAUCUACAUGAAGGCUUAAAUUCCAGUGACAGUAAAAUUAUUGGACAGCUAUUUGAAAGUGGUGCUAUUCAAGUUGUUGUUGUUUCAAGAAAUCUUUGCUGGGGAUUAUCACUAGCUGCACAUUUAGUUGUUAUCAUGGAUACACAGUACUAUAAUGGCAAAAUACAUACAUAUGAAGAUUAUUCUAUUACCGAUGUGCUUCAAAUGGUUGGACGAGCAAAUCGUCCAAAGUAUGAUGAAGAUGGAAAAUGUGUGCUUUUGUGUCAAAGUUCAAAAAAAGAUUUCUUUACAAAAUUCCUUUACGAGCCGUUGCCAGUUGAGAGCCAUUUGGACCAUUGCUUGCAUGAUCAUUUUAAUGCUGAAAUUGUAACUAAAACUAUUGAUAAUAAGCAAGAUGCAGUCGAUUAUCUUACUUGGACAUUCCUAUACCGUCGUAUGACACAAAAUCCCAAUUACUAUAAUCUACAAGGAGUUACACAUCGUCACUUAUCUGAUCAUUUAUCAGAAUUGGUUGAAAAUACACUAAAUGAUUUGGAGCAGUCCCGUUGUAUCAGUAUUGAAGAUGAAAUGGAUGUGUCACCAUUAAAUUUAGGUAUGAUUGCUGCUUAUUAUUACAUUAAUUAUACAACAAUUGAACUGUUUAGCAUGUCUUUAAAUAGCAAAACCAAAGUGAGAGGUCUACUUGAAAUCAUAAGUUCAGCUGCAGAAUAUGAAAGUGUCCCAAUUAGGCAUCGUGAGGAUAAUUUGCUUAAACAGUUGGCCAACAGAUUGCCUCAUAAAUUGGCUAAUCCAAAAUUUAGUGAUCCACAUGUAAAGACUAAUUUGUUACUUCAGGCCCAUUUAUCUCGUAUGCAACUUUCAGCUGAAUUGCAAUCAGACACUGAAGAUAUUCUAAGUAAAGCUGUAAGAUUGAUUCAAGCAUGUGUUGAUGUAUUGAGUUCAAAUGGUUGGUUGUCACCUGCUUUGGCAGCUAUGGAACUGGCACAGAUGGUGACUCAAGGUAUGUGGAACAAAGAUUCAUAUCUGAAGCAGUUGCCUCAUUUUACUCCAGAAAUUGUAAAACGUUGUACAGAAAUGGGUGUGGAAACUGUUUUUGAUGUAAUGGAACUUGAAGAUGAGGAUAGGAAUAAACUGUUGCAACUUAACGAUGCCCAGAUGGCUGAUGUUGCCAGGUUCUGUAAUCGAUAUCCCAACAUUGAAUUGAGUUAUGAAGUUCAAGAUAAGGAAAGUAUUAUGAGUGGUCAGACUGUUAAUGUCAGUGUCCAGCUUGAAAGAGAAGAUGAAGUGACUGGUCCUGUGAUUGCACCUCUCUUUCCUCAGCGGCGUGAAGAGGGUUGGUGGGUGGUGAUUGGUGAUCCCAAAACAAAUUCUCUCAUUUCCAUCAAAAGACUUACAUUACAGCAGAAGGCAAAAGUAAAAUUAGAUUUUGUAGCACCAAAUGCUGGAGAACAUACUUAUACAUUAUACUUUAUGAGUGACUCUUAUAUGGGCUGUGAUCAGGAAUACAGAUUCAACAUUAGAGUUAAUGAGUCAAAUAGAAAAGGCUCAGACAGUGACAGUGAUUAAAGUGAAUAUAAAAAUGUGCACAUUUCCUCUGUACUCUUCUAUUACCAAGACCAGAUUCAGAAAUGUAUGUAUCUACAUUCUGUGGGUACAUAUAUACAUGUAUUUCUGAAUCUGGUCCUCUGAUAACAGAAAAGUACCUUUUCCUCAGUUAAACUCUUUUUUUUUUUUUUUUUU